AUGCUGGCCCGGAGGAAGCCGGUGCUGCCGGCGCUCACCAUCAACCCCGCCAUCGCCGAGGGCCCAUCCCCCACCAGCGAGGGCGCCUCCGAAGCAAACUUGGUGGACCUCCAGAAGAAGCUAGAGGAGCUAGAGCUUGAUGAGCAGCAGAAGAAGCGGUUAGAAGCCUUCCUCACCCAAAAGGCCAAGGUUGGGGAGCUCAAGGAUGAUGACUUCGAAAGGAUCUCAGAGCUGGGAGCCGGGAACGGCGGAGUGGUCACUAAGGUCCAGCACAGACCUUCAGGCCUCAUCAUGGCAAGAAAGCUGAUUCACCUGGAGAUCAAGCCAGCCAUCCGGAACCAGAUCAUCCGAGAGCUGCAGGUGCUGCAUGAGUGCAACUCCCCGUACAUCGUAGGCUUCUACGGGGCCUUCUACAGCGACGGGGAGAUCAGCAUCUGCAUGGAGCACAUGGAUGGUGGCUCUCUGGACCAGGUGUUGAAAGAAGCCAAGAGAAUUCCAGAAGAGAUCUUGGGGAAGGUCAGCAUUGCGGUUCUGCGGGGCCUGGCAUAUCUCCGGGAAAAGCACCAGAUCAUGCACCGAGAUGUGAAACCAUCUAACAUCCUCGUCAACUCCAGAGGGGAGAUCAAGCUGUGCGAUUUUGGGGUGAGCGGGCAGCUCAUCGACUCCAUGGCCAACUCCUUCGUGGGAACUCGAUCCUACAUGUCUCCAGAGCGGCUGCAAGGCACUCACUACUCGGUGCAGUCGGACAUCUGGAGCAUGGGCUUGUCCCUGGUGGAGCUGUCCAUCGGAAGGUACCCCAUCCCCCCGCCGGAUGCCAAGGAGCUGGAGGCCAUCUUCGGCCGGCCCGUGGCCGAUGGGGCAGAAGGAGAGCCUCACAGCAUCUCCCCGCGGCCGAGACCCCCCGGACGCCCCAUCAGUGGUCACGGGCUGGACAGCCGGCCGGCUAUGGCUAUCUUUGAACUGCUGGACUAUAUUGUGAAUGAGCCUCCUCCUAAGCUGCCCAGUGGUGUCUUCACCCAGGACUUCCAGGAGUUUGUGAAUAAAUGCCUCAUUAAGAACCCAGCUGAGCGAGCGGAUCUGAAGAUGCUCAUGAACCAUAGCUUCAUCAAACGGUCUGAGGUGGAAGAAGUGGAUUUUGCCGGCUGGCUGUGUAAAACGCUGCGUCUGAACCAGCCCAGCACGCCCACACGUACCGCCGUGUGA